GAAUUUAGUGACGGAUCCCGCAAAAUCCUACGUGUUGGAGAUCUGUGUGCUGAAAUGGGAUUUUUUUUGGUUUGUUGAGCUGCAUGACUUUUUUUGGAAUGGUCAUCGUCAUGCCACGCGUCCAAAUUAAAUAUAAUUUAAGUUUGCGCUUGCGAGAAAUGAGAAUAAAGUGUGGGUCAUUCGGGUGGGUCGCUUAUCCGAUUCCGGAUCCGAACAUUUUGAAUUUCGGGUCAGACACUUUUGAACGGCCAUGAUGGCAUCAAUUAAGAUUAAGAUUGCUCUCGCUAUUUAGAGAUCGAAACAUAAGGGAUACUUUAGCUUUUGCUUUUGCACAUUCUUGAGAAAGGGGAGUGUUUCUCAUUCCUUCCAGACGCUUCGAUUUGAAUUGAGUAUUUAGGGUUUUGGUUUAUCGGCGAUUGGAAUCGUGAGAUUUUUUAGACAUGGCGGAGCAUCACGAACACGAGGAACCAAAGGGUGAAUCACUGUUGGACAAGAUUUCGGGGAAGAUCCACGACCAUGAUUCGUCUUCUUCGUCGGAUUCCGACAACGAGAAAAGCAGCUCCUCUGCUCCCAUCAAGUCCAAGGUUUUCAGGCUCUUCGGCAGGGAAAGGCCACUUCACAAUGUCCUUGGUGGCGGAAAACCCGCUGAUGUUUUUCUAUGGAGAAAUAAGAAGAUAUCAGCAACGGUGCUCGGAGUUGCGACAGCUGUUUGGGUUCUGUUUGAAUUGCUUGAAUACCACUUCCUCACUUUGGUUUGUCACUUACUGAUACUUGCACUGGCGGUAUUGUUCUUAUGGUCCAAUGCAUCCACUUUUAUCAACAAGAUUCCACCGAAGAUCCCACAAGUGCACAUUCCAGAGGAACCUGUUUUGCAGUUUGCCUCUGCUCUUAGACUUGAGAUAAAUUGUGCUUUUGCUGUAUUAAGGGAUAUUGCAUCAGGAAGGGAUCUCAAGAAGUUUCUCUCAGUGAUUGCUGGAUUAUGGAUUUUCUCUAUACUGGGAAGUUGGGCAAAUUUCUUGACAUUGUUCUACAUAGCUUUUGUUUUGCUUCACACUGUACCCGUGCUUUAUGAGAAAUAUGAAAAUCAUGUGGACUCUUUUGCUGAGAAGGCAACUGCCGAGAUUAAGAAGCAGUAUGCAGUGUUUGAUGCGAAGGUUUUGAGCAAGAUUCCUAGAGGACCUCUGAAAGAUAAAAAGAAAGAUUGAAGUGAUUAAAUCAGGCUAUUACUAUUGUGCUGACAAAUAUGUCGUGUAGGGUUUCAUCAAUGUUAUGUUGAAUUCGGAUUCGUGAUCAGUUAAAACCCUAUCAUGUUAUAUUUUAUUAUUUUUGGGGUCACUUAGUUGACAAUGUGGAAGAAGUAUUUUUAUUUAUUUUUUCUGCUGCUUACCUGUACGCCUCAAAAAAUCCUGUAUGCUUAUGUAUGACUUGUUCUUGUGUUGUA